UCAGGACGAAUAUCGAUUACUGACCAAAACACACAGCUGCUGCCCAUCCAAUCUGCAAUGUGAAAAAGUCUUACGCUACGCUUCAAACAAAAACAGUUUUCCUUCCAACCGACAACCAUAGUUAACAAAAUCUACCCUAGCAUGAUGGCCCUCCUAGCACUGAUUGUAGUUAACACGCUCGUAUUCGCGGCCAGCACACUGCAAAUCGCGACAGCCAAAGGACCGCACCAUCCGCGGGGAGAAUACUCGGCCCGGAGCCGGAAACUGGACGAGCAUUUACACGCCAAGGAUAACCACAUUCAGCAGGACCUGAAACAUUUGUCCCUCGGCGAGGAAGAUCUCGCGAAAAUGUCCGACGAGGAGAAAAAUUUUUACUUCUUCAAACUGCACGAUUCCGAUAACAACGACCACUUGGACGGGUUGGAAAUUUUGCAUGCCGCCACGCAUCACUCGGACGGUCACGUGCACAAGCUGGAGCGGGAAAACGACAACGAAGCGUCGGAAAACUCUGUGAUAGAUGUCAUCGAUGACUUCAUAGCCUACGCCGACUUAGACCAGAAUGGAUUGCUUACUUAUCCGGAAUACAUGAAGGCAAUCAACACGGAUGACUGGAGCAAAGUAGUCGAGACGACUGAACCUUCGGCACUGGAUUCUAGUUAAAUCAGAAAAUAAAAACCGGAUUAAGUGGUGAA